GGGUUGUUUCCUGUGGCUCUAUGGCUGAUCAAACAGCUACCAACAACCAGCUGGAAAGCAUGCGGCGUGCUAUCCUACACCUCCAGCAAGAGAAUAGGCUCCUCAAGGACCAGCUGCAUCGAACCUGUUCGUCCUCCACAGCAAGCUCGGCACAUGGCGGUAACGAGCCUUCUGAUCCGCCAUUCGACCUGCGAAGGAGGAGUUUGGAACUGCUUACCGAACUGGACACCCUCGAGAAGCAACAACAAUCUACUAACGAUAGGUUGGUCAACCACAGGAUAUCUGGCAUUAAAGCUAUCCUAGCUAGGCAUCAGUCUAUGGACGAGUCAGACACUGUGAUUCACGAGCUUGCUCAAAGGAGGUCAUCGAUCAAGAACUCUUCGAAUGGGGCUGAGGAUGAUGAUGAUGAUGAUGAUGAUGAUGAUGAGAAGGAAGAGGAGGAUGACGUCUCGGGUGAUCACGAAGAACCCAGGUUUGAUAUGAGGAGGCUAUCAAGUGAUCUUGAGUCCGAAAUACAGGCUCUGAGAGCUCUCAGUGAGAGCACCAAAGACCGCCUCAUCAAUCAGAGGCUCACCAGCUGCGAGCAAGUUCUGGCCAGACAACAGGAAAUCGAGGACUUCGUCAAGAAUGGUCAUCCGAAGGGCUGCUUUCUCACUAAGCCGAUUAUGAAUGUUCAUUCGUAGAUGCUAGACUAGAAAACUAAAACUACUCGCAAAUCAAGGAUUCUAUCUUGAAGAUUUUGCGAACAGCGAAUCUCCGCCAGUCUAGCUGGGAAACACGUCCCGUAUAAAUUUCAUAACUUCACCGGUAUCAGUGACUGUGGUUUAGCCAUCGAGUUCUUCCCAUUAAGGAUUUUCAAUAUUAC